AUGGAUUCGACUGAUCAGACUGUGAGCAGUACUCCAUUAGCAUUAGCCAAUGCCGUUGAACAGGAAGCUGCAACAGACAACGCAGUUUUAAUCAGGGGCAUGGAUCUAGAUGUUUUCAACGCUGCAAAAGAAGGCAAAACUGAUGUCCUUAGUAGACACUAUCUUGACCAAAUAUUGACUCCAACCAAGAACACAGUCCUCCAUAUUUAUAUAGCUUUUGCAAGCAGCCCAAAUUACAUCGAACCAGAAAAAGAAACGCUGAGGCCACCCAGCGUUGUGAAUGAAAUCCUUCAAAUGUGUCCAGCACUGCUAUCACAGAAGAACGAGAGUGGCGAGACUGCCUUACACAUUGUGGCCAGACAUGGGCGUGCUGAUAUAGUUGAACGUCUUAUCGAAACUGCAAAAGCUGGCCGUGACCUUGAGAAUGGGCCCUCAUCAUCAGUAGAAGCCUGGCAGAUGCUCAUAAGAGAAACCAAUAAGGAGAGGGACACUGCCUUGCACUUUGCAGUGCGAUUUAAUCACUUUCGUGUGGUGGAGAUAUUGACCAGAGAAGACCCUGACUUUUCCUACUCUGCUAAUGAUGCUGGGGAGACUCCACUUUAUUUGGCUGCCGAGAGGAAAUAUGGUGUUUUGGUCUCCCAAAUACUUAGCACUUGCACGGAUCCAAAUUACCAAGGCCCCAAUGGAAGAACGGCUUUGCAUGCUGCAGUGAUUUACGGUGAUAAAACCGAUGGUGAACCGACCACGGUUAGUAAAACCUAUGGACGGGUCACUCCCAAAAGACGUCUCACCAAUGACGCUGAAAUGACCAAAGAAAUACUAGAGAAGAAAAAGGAUUUGGCGAUAGCAGCAGACGAAAAAGGAUGGACCCCACUUCACUACGCUGCAUUCUAUGAUCGUGCUUCAAUUGUUAUAAAACUACUAGAAACUGAUAAACGCAGUGCCUACAUGGGUGACAAAGCUGAUAAGAAGACCGCUCUUCACAUUUCAGCCUCCAGAGGCCAUGUCAAAGUAAUGGAACAAAUUAUUUCCCAAUGUCCUGAUUGUUGCGAAGUGGUCGACCAAAGAGGUCGGAAUGCUUUUCAUUAUGCCUUGGAGAUGCACCGAUCUCUAAUUAAGGAUUUUGUUUUAAAGGAUCCAUGGCUUUGCAACGUUCUCUUAAAUUCCAAGGAUGUUGACGGCAACACACCCCUCCAUCUACUUGAUGGUCAUCUCUUCGGCGGCCGGGUUCCGUUCAUUCGUGAUGCUAGGGUUGAUAAGAUGGCAUUCAAUAAAGAAAACAUGAACGCUCUCGACGUCAUUAUAGCUAAGGAUUCAAAAUAUAAGACAUAUCUCAAGAAUAAUUUGAAAAGGAAUGGUGCAGCAUCAGGCCAUCGGAUUCUAAGCGAAAGUAGUCGUGGUAGCCAGAAAUUCAAGGAAAACAAAGGUGGCGAAGACACUGAUGUAAACGAAUCCCAUUUGAUAGUGGCUACACUCGUAGCAACUGUUACAUUCGCAGCAGGUUUCACCAUGCCUGGUGGUUAUUACCAAAUUGAUGCAUCAAAACGAAAUGUUACAGCCCCGGCCCUGAGUAAAGGAUCAACUCCAGGUUAUGCAGUUCUAACAAAAGAUGCAGCUUUCAUCAUCUUUGUUAUAUCAGAUUCACUAGCUUUGUGUUUGUCCAGUUUUUCUGUUUUGAUGCACCUUUACAUAUCGACGCACACAAAGCGAAAAGGGAUUUCCGAAUGGUUUGGCGUUGCAUUAUAUAUCACUAUGUUGGCCUUAGUUGCAAUGGUGGUUGCAUUCACUUCAGGCACAUAUGCAGUCUUAGGUGAUUCUCCACUACUUGCCAUCUCGGCUUUAAUGGUUGACGCCUGUGUAUUCUUUAUAUUUAUUUAUUUCGCAAUUUUUGAAAUUAAAUGGAGGUUCGUUUCCGAUUGGCUAGAUCAACUUAAGGCUCUGCUGCCAGUUAUUGCUACCACUGACGAGUAG